ACAGUCGCAUCCAUCUUUCAUCCUCUUUUCUUCCAAACCCUAAACAUACAUAACCUCUCGCCCCCAAAACUCUCACAAACUCUACCUUUCGGAUGAAAAUCUUGGAGGCUAAUGUUAGUGCUCUCACAAAUUUUGAGGUCCUUGAUUUCUUACGAGCUAAAGGAGCUUCAAAGGAUCCAACAAGGGUCAUUGCCAAUGUGUCACAGUCUGAAUACAAGGUUUAUGAUUAUUUGGUUGAUACUGCUGCCUCUGUUCAAACAAGAGAGAACAUCAAUGAGUUCUUGACAAGGGUUAAACGACAUGACCUCGCAGAAGCUGAGGUUCUCAACAUAUUAAACAUUAGGCCAGCUGCUGAAGUUGAAAUAUUCCCAAUCAUAGAGGUUUGUGAGCAGCGUUUUUCAGAUGAAGAGGUUACUGAAAUAGUAGAGCUGGUGAAGAAAACAUUGCCGCCGCCUGUCAACAUGAACCCAGGAGAAAUCACCAAGGAUGGUGACGAAGAAACCGCAGCAAUGAAAAAUGAGAAAGAUAAUGAGAUUAGUCAAGACCAGGAUGAAGGUGGAGAACAAAUGGACACAAGUUAAGAUCCUAGUUGGACACGAGUUUGUUAGCUUUGAUCAAGCAACCAAAUGCUAAAGGAAAUGCUUAAAACGUUACUGAUCAGGUCGCGAAUGUGUUUAGUGUAAAGUUGGCACUUAGGGAUGAUGACAUAUAUAGAAAAUCACUUUACU